AUGAUUGCACGGUGUUUGGCCCGGCGGCCGGGUGCCAUCCAGUCUGCGGCUGGGGCUUGGAGGAGAAUACCAUCACUCGCCCGUAACAAAUAUACUGUUCCUGCGCUGGACAACCAUGUGGAAAUCGAGAAAAAGGGCAUUCCACGGUUGCUCACGCCGCAAGGCUUCAAGACGGCCUAUACCGACUAUCAGCAACACAUGAUUGACGAAUUGAACACCAUGACUGACGGCCAAGGGUACGAGAACCAAGAGCCAAAGGCGCUCGUCAUAGAAUUCGCCCGCGACCCGACCAAAGCGUAUGCCUUCAAUGUCGCCAGCAUGGCCUUCAACAACCACUUCUUCUUCCGCGGCCUCAAUACGAACCCGGAGUUGCAGUCACGGCCGACCAAGGACCUUGAGAUGCAGAUCAACAAGGACUUCUCGUCCAUGGAUACAUUGCGCGAGACGUUCCUUGCAACCGCCGAGGCCAUGUUCGGGCCGGGUUUCGUCUGGCUGGUGCAGACGGACGACCUAGCCGUUGGCAGUCUGCGCAUCCUCCCCACCUAUCUCGCCGGAUCACCACUGUCAGGCGCCCACCACAGACGACAGUCGCACGACCUGAACACGCAUAACCCAGACUCGUACCAAGCGCUGAACAAGGUUGGGGCAUUCGGGGCUGCGGCAACUAUGCAAAAUCAAGGGCCCAAGAAGGCGUUGGGCGGCGUUGAUGUUGUGCCACUGCUGUGCGUCAACACCUGGGAGCAUGUCUGGCUGCAGGACUACGGUGUUCGGGGGAAGAGGCAGUUCCUUGAGGCGUGGUGGGACAGGAUUGACUGGAACAUGGUGCAGCAAUACACAACCCUAUCACCAGGAAGCAACCAGGGCAGGCAACAAUGGGACUUUGGCGGCUUUGGUUCAUAA